AUGACUAUGAAUAAUAAUGAUGCAGAACGCAAAAAUAUUAAAAAACAACGAACAGAUGAACAAGUACCAACACCAUUAUUUACUCGCAAUAAUAUUAUGGAUUGUAUUGAUGAAUUAUUAAUUUCAACAGGAAAACGUUCACUUAAACGAAAACAUCAUCGUGAACAUCGUUCAACAUUAUCAUCUAUGAACACUGGUCAUAUAAAUAAAAAAGAAAUGAAACGAUCAAAUACAAUACAAAUUCCACCAAAUACAACUUAUGAUCGAUCAAAUCCUGAAGAUAUUCUUCGUUAUUUUGCACCAAUGAAAUUAAAAAUUGCUGCUCUUUAUGAUAAUCUUCAAUUAGCUACAUCUAAUGGUGAUUUACGUGAUGUAUUAAAAAUUGAAGAAAAAAUUAAAUUACUUCAUCCAUUUUCUGCACGAUUUAUUGCUGAUGAAAAUACACCUGAUGGUACAUCAAUGAAACCAGGACAAAUAUUUCGUAAAGGUUGGGUACUUCUUAAUGAUGGUUCAAUGCCAUGGGAUAGUAAUGAUAUUCAAUUAAUUAAUUUAAAUAAUGGUAUUCAAGUUCUUCAACAACCAGUUGUUCCAAUAACAGCACCACAUGCACGAGCUGUUAUUAGUGUUGAUUAUAUGUGUCCAAAUGAACCAGGUACAUAUGAAAGUAAAUGGAUUCUUGCUUAUCAUCAACAAUCAUUUGGUCCAAUGAUAUGGUGUACAAUUGAAGUUAGUCAAUGGUCUAUAAUUGAAAAUGAAAUUCAAUCAAUAACUAGUGCAAGUUCAUUGAAUGAAUUAGAUUAUGUUGAAGUACCAUUACCGGAUUGUUUUGAUUUAUCAAAACCAUAUCAACCAGGAAUGAAAACAUCAAGUAACAGUUCACUUCAUUCAAGUUCUAUUUUACACCGUAAUGAUUCAGCAGAAUUAUUAUCAACCUAUUUCAACACAGUUGAUAUUGAUGAUCUUCAAAGUUCAUAUCAGAGUGACACUGAUAGUCUCUCUGCUUUUAUGUAUUUACCACCAAUUGUACCAGAAGCAAGUGAAACACAUCUUACACCAGAUUCAUCUUUAGAAAAUUCAAUAAAAUCAAUUGAAUUAGCAUCACCACCAACAGAAAAUCGACCAGUAACACCACCGGUAGUUCCUAAUAAUAAGAAUAAUGAAGAAAAUCAAUCAACACGAAUAGGUCAACCAUUGGAUUUUGUUGAUACGGUAGUUACAAAUAUUUUUACCGUUGCCAAACAAGCAGGUUCAACAGCAAAAGCUAUUUUUCAUACAUUACAAGCAUAUGAUGAACCAAUUGCACCAAUAAUUCCGCCUGUUCAAGAACAAGAAAAACCAACAUUGAUCAAUACAUACAAUGCAAAUGAAACCAAUACAUAUGGUUUUUCGGGACGUCUUACUGAUACUUCAGUACGUAGUAAUUCAAUGUCUUCAUCUGAUCCAAUGAAAACAUUAAUUGAAAUGGGUUUUGCUAAUCGGGCUAAAAAUCAACGUUUACUUAAAGAACAUGCUAAUGAUUUAGCUAAAGUUAUCGAAUUGUUAACUCUCGAUAGCAAUGAUUCGGAUUGGUUUAAUCAUCGUCAUUAG